AUGCCUAGAUUAGUGUUACAGAAAUCUAUCAGAGUGAAAGGUGUUAGUCAGUGUGUUCACAUUUCCCGUGUAUCUUCAGACCGGGUCUGGAUCUGUGAUAAAGACAAUCUCAUAUUGACAAAUACUGCAGGUGAAGAACUAACUCGUUUGACAGGUAUAUCUAGUGGUGAAGGAGUACACACAGUGACAAGUGACGGCGAUUUAAUUUAUAUAGACAGGAAGGGUAACAUCAUUAAACUGUCUAAAGAUAACACAGUGAAGACUGUAUUAAAAUCGUACAACACAGAGCAAUGGGAACCACAUUGUGUCUACAGCUCCCCUUCCACUGGAUACCUGCUGGUCGGGAUAUAUAAUAAAUAUACAAGGAUAGGCCAGGUAAACCGUUACACUAAGACAGGACGACACCUACAGACCAUACAGCACGACAACACAGGUCAAGGACUGUAUAGAUAUCCUUUCUUCAUCACAGAGAACCGCAAUGGAGAUGUUAUUGUGACUGACCCUGUCCAUGGUGUAGUGGUGACAGACAGUAGAGGUAGACAUCGAUUCUCCUACACAGAGCUUACAUCAGGAUUACGACUAUGGCCAUAUGGAAUCUGUACUGACGCGCUGUCACACAUCCUGGUGUGUGAUUAUGUAACUCAAGUAGUAAAGAUUCUGGACAGGGACGGUCACUUCCUGUCAAAUACAAAGACACCAUAUGCACAACACGGGAAAGACGGACCAUGCGGUCUGAAUUAUGAUGACAGAACUCAGUUUUUCUGGGUAGGAUCACGGUACGACAACACAGUAAACAUCUAUAGACUUAUCUAUGAAGACUCUCUGACCGCUCUCCCGGUGGAGAACUUGAAGUGUGAGAAGCAUCCCAAGAGGUACAUUGUUUCCAGUUCUGUAUCCCGUGUGAGGCCGCCUUGUGUGAGAUCUGUAUCACGUCCUCUAGUGAUCAUAAAAUUCAUGAUGUUAGAGAUGUUGAGAAAUUGUUUCGUGAAAUUUACAAGAGGACAGGUUGGUAACGAUGUACAGUUGAAGAAAAUCUUUGACAAUCUUGAGUUUGUAGUAGAGGUUUGA